AUGCUGAUCCAGGCAAGAGAUGGCGAGAACGCUAAGCUUGAGAGGGUGUGGGGUACCGGUGGUCAGCGCCAGGGCAUUGAGUGCGCGGCGUCUUUUUCUUCAUCUGUGUGGGCAGCAAGAAGAAAUGUCCUCCUCCGGCUCUUCCCGAGCUAUACAUUCGAAACCGAUGCGCUGAACAGUCAUCUUCUCCCACUGGCACGAAUACCUAGAACCACCGGUGAAUUCAAGAAGUUCGCCGGGUAUAAAGAACUGAUGUAA